AUGACAAAGAACAUUCAACAAGAGGCCAGAGGUCUCUUGGAUUUGCUAGCUACAUCCAUCAAAAAAGGGCUUGAAGUCAGUAGUGUGUCGGCUUCUAUUUAUGAUACGGCAUGGGUCGCCAUGAUUCAAAAGCCCGAUAUAGAUGGUAAUACACUGCCAUUGUUUCCGGAAUGUUUUCAGGUACUACUGGACUUCCAGGAAUCCGACGGCAGCUGGUGUUCUUCCAUUAGUGAACUUGACGGAAUCAUCAAUACGGCAGCUGCGCUUCUAGCCCUACAAAGUAGGCUUUCAGUAACUCACCAGCCGCUCAGAGGGGAUCUAGAAUUACGGUGCCACAAAGCCAGAGGCGCAUUGCUGUCCAUGUUGCGAGAAUGGAACGUCGACGCCAGCGAUGAUCGCGUGGGAUUUGAGGUCAUAUUGCCUGCGGUGUUGAAGCUGCUGGAAAAACAUGGUAUAACUUUCGACUUUCCAGCUCGCAUGACUGUACAGACGAUGCACGAACAAAAAGUCGCCACACUAUACACAGCACUACGCGGACAGGAACAAGUAUCUUUGGUUCAUUCGCUAGAGGCUUUUGUUGGGGAGCUAAACUAUGACGAAAUCAAGCACAUGAGAUCAGCUUACGGAGAUAUGAUGGCCUCACCUUCUUCCACGGCGGCAUAUCUUAUGCACUCGUCAAAGUGGGAUGAUGUUGCCGAGGGGUAUUUACGAAAAGCCCUAAGUCAUACAAGUGCCACGCAGGUGACAGGCAGCGUUCCCAACGUAUUUCCAACGACGAUAUUUGAGAUUGCGUGGACGGUCAGCACUCUUCUCGAUGCUGGCUUUACAAUGGACGAACUAGGCCUGGAAAGACUCCACGCUGUGCGAACGUACCUAGUCGAGGCUAUUGCCAACAUGAAUGGCGUCGUCAGUUUUGCGCCGCAUUGCCUGCCAGACCCUGAUGAUUCCGCUGUCGCGCUGUCGACACUUCAAAUUCUUGGUGAACAUGUCGACCUGCAGCCUAUGUUCAAAAGAUUUGAAGGCUCAGAUCAUUUCAUCACCUUUAUAGGUGAAAGAAACGCCAGCUUGAGUGCCAAUUGCAACGUUCUGAUUUGCAUACUGCGACAUCCUGACAGUCAUGCAUAUACUGGACAGGUAGUCAAGUGUGCACGGUUUCUAUGCACACUGUAUUACAGAUCUCAGUUCAAGGACAAAUGGAAUCGAUGUGAACAAUACCCCAUGAUGCUGCUGGCAAAGGCUUUUACGCUUCUAUUAGCUCGAGUGGAUCAGAAAAAUCUGGACAUGGACAAGUUUCCGCAAGAGAUCAUCGAGGAGAAGAUUCCGGUCAUUUUGCUCGAUAUAAUGAACCGCCUAUUUCGAACGCAAGGUAAAGAUGGGUCGUGGGGCUCCACAAAUGAACUCACAUCUUUUUCGUUAUUGGCUCUCAACGCGCUCACAAAACUUUCAUGGCCAGGUUCCAUAGUUGGGGAAUUACACGCUCGUAUCCAGCGAGGUAAGAAAUACUUGUUGAUAUCGGAAAAUUGGAGCUCUGGCCAGCAUACUUGGAUUGGAAAAGUUGCAUACUCCCUUUCCAAUGUUUCCCUUGCUUAUUGUCUGGCGGCCAUGAAGGCCACUCAGCACGCUGGGACAAUUCAGCCAGAGUAUAAAGAACUGCAAUUCGUUAGCAUUCAUGACACCGAACUGGACUCAAAUCUUCAAUUGCUUGCCGAACUACCACUUCUUGUGGGCUGUCCGCAAUGGAAGUUGGACAUAUUAUCUCUUCAGGGAGCGCUCUUUAUCCCGCGACUUGACCGUGUGUGUCAAGAUAUACUGCCUCUGGCAAGGUCAGAUCGGCCGCCAUGCUUUCCUUAUAUCCCAUUCACUUGGAUUGCGCCAAGCGACGGAAGCAAAGUUCUUAAUUUCGACCAGCUUUGGGACAUGAUGGUAUGCUCUUUCCUAGGCUUUCGAAUUGACGAAUACUUAGACGGUCCGAUUGCACAAGACUAUGAAAACACUGCUACUCAUAUUAGGCACAUGGUGGAACGCUUGGCUGGUCCGAGACCCUCACUUAUUACCAAAGAAGGGCAGUUGGAAUCUUACGAACUAAACCAAAUCAACAACGCCCUCAGUUGCUUGUUUAGGUUUUUUCUCCAUCACCCAAAGGUCCACGAGAGUCCUAGAUGGAUGGAGCAAUUCUUGGCCGAAAAGCUAAAACAGUACUUUCUGAAGAGCCUUGCGCAUCGCGAAGACAGCUUCCUCUUGUCGUCUCAGUCGGACAAUGAGAGCCACGACAAAUGCCCUUUCAUCAACUAUUUUGAUUGGGUACGAAAUACAGGAUCAGAAACAAUAUUUGCUCAGGUCGGCUUUGCUUUCUUUCUCUGUUUGCUUGACCCUCCGUUACAACAGCCUCUUCAGGACGCAGUAGUCAGGUACAUGGUUAAGGACUUCGGCCUACAUAUUGCAACUAGGGUCCGUCAGUGCAACGACUUGGGGUCCGCAGCACGCGAUAAAAGAGAACUCAACCUCAACAGUCUCGACUUUGUUGACUUUCUGGAUGGGGUUUCGGACGUAAAAGAAAAGCUCAGGCAAGUGGCAGACUAUGAACGACGAUGUAUGGAGAAAUUGCUGUUGGAAUUAAACGAGAACCUUAAUAAGCCGCUCAUUGAUGCUUUGCGCCUAUACGCUGACACAGCAGAAUUGUAUAAUCAAUUAUAUGCACUGCAAGACCUGAGUUUGUCUCAAGCACGAACCACGUCGAGCUGUGCAUACAUAUAG